GAAAAACGAUGAGGGUUUAAUUCAUUGAGCCGUGUGAUAAGUCGCAACUGUUAAUAUAUAUUUGCCAGUGGAAAUGGGAUUUUAUACCGGCGUAUUGUGUGUGAUUUACAUUUCAAAUAACUUGAAACAUGCAAAACGUUAACUAUUCCGUUGCUUGUUACAAUAUGUACUCUGUCAUAAGAUCUAAUUUUCAAUGGCAAUGCCAGGGGAGGUGAAAAACCUACCCAACAACUUUCAGAUGCAUCCACAUGUUCACUUUGAAUCAUCACCCGUAUCCUCCGUAGAAUUGAAUCGGAAUGGAGAAAUACAAAGACAGAAGAAAAGCUCUUCAGAUGAAAAUCAAAUGUUAAAGUUCCCAAAUACUCGGGGAAUUCUUUGGGAUCACAAAUGUAUAGACACUCCAGUACAGCUGCACAUAUCCUAUUACAGGAAACCCAAGUUAUGUGUACUGGAGCGUGUAAUUCGUUUUGCUCAGCGCCAUUUACAGAGCACGGGACAGCAGGAAUGUUCAUGUGCCCUAGUAGGCUCACUCUCCAUUGAUGAAGAUGGGGAAGGUGUCAAGUUUACUCUGGACCGAUUUGACCCUGGUGGCGGGUUGACAUCUAGUGUUGGUGCCUUGACAUCUGGGGAUAUGGCUGUACCAUUACAGAUUAUGGGCAACACUAAGAAAGAGAGGGAGAGCUCAAUAGAUGAUUAUCUCAUGGGAUUAAAGGUGCUAAAACAGAGAUGUUGCGCAAAGGAGCCACUGGAUGUAGGCAGUUUUCUGUUGGUGAAAGGCUGGUGUAACUUCUUCUCCACUGGAGACAAGAGUGUACACCAUCUGGAGUUUGACAUCAUCACUAUGGGUACUGAGUUGAAAGCUGUGCCCAUCACCCCUGUACCUAUAGUGCCAACUGCUUUGUCCAAAAACCUGUCGGGGCCAAUGAGUCUGAGUCACCUUCAGGGGGAACCUAAAACAGGUUAUCUAACAAUGGACCAUACAAGAAAAGUGCUACUAGUGUUGGAGUCUGACCCCAAAGUCUUCAGUCUGCCUCUUGUUGGAAUAUGGGUGAGCGGCGUGCCGUUUGUGUAUAGUCCCUUUGUGUGGGCAGCAUGUCUACGCUACAUUCACAACUCCAGUAUCACAGACAGGAUAUGUUCCCCUCCAGAGCCCUUCCUCCUAGUCCUCUACAGCCCUGUCCACUCUAAGCCAGAGUUUUACGAACUCAGUACUAUGUCAGGGACAUCCAAGAUGGAAUUUGACCUCCUCACAGGAUACGAAGUUGUCAGUAUAUCUAAAUCCAAUGAUCCAAAUGCUACUUUUGAUGUGGACUUAAAUACUGUAAAAAAUGGCCAUAAAAGGGAAUUGUUUGAUGGUGCUCUUCAUCAGUUCACUGAAAGUUCUUCCAGUGGUGAACUUACCCAGAAGCCAGCUCCUACUAGUGAUGAAAUAACACCAAGGAAUAUUCCUGCUCCUCACAAAUCAAAAUUACCUGCGAUGAUGCCUAUGGUGCCAGAAGUGUCCCUGUUGUUUGGUGAAGAUGGACAGUCAGGUAUCUUUGCUGAUGGAGGACCCAAGAGAUUGGCAAUUAACCAGGGGCGCCCACAGGGCAUUAAUAACAUCAAAGAUUUUAACCCCCAGCGCCCUCUGACCAACAUACCUGGUCAGCCUGGUAUGCCUGCUUACUCACAGCAGCCACCGCAUUACUCUGCGCACAGCAGUCAGCAGCCACAGAGGAGGAUGCCACUUCACAGCCACAGUGCCCCAGAGCUGAACCAGCUCUACCAUCAACAAAGUCGUCAGCCUCGUCCUCACUCUACCACAGGCACACAGGGCCCACCUGUCAGCAGAGGCACAGGCACACAGGGCCCACCUGUCAGCAGGGUUGGUAUUCACAACUACAUGGGUAAUAUGGCCUUGUCUGAAGAAGAUAACCAGGUACCAGGUGGUCAGCCAUUGUACCACCAGAACACCACGCAUCGGGGUAUGUCACAGCUGAAUGGAUUGCAAGGACAGACAAUGACCAAUGGCUAUGACACACCCAGUGGUCGUCCUUUUCCUGUCUCUCAAGGAUUGCCAGGUCAGUUUCAGCAGCAUAGCCAACAAGUCAGCACUAACAGUAGCAGCAUGCCUCAUCCAAAACAGGUGCCAUAUGUUGAUCACAACACUCAGCAGCAGCAGGGAAGCUCUUUUCCAAGAACAAUUGAUGCCAUGUCUCAGCAUCCACACAUACAAAACAUGUCAGGUCAAGUGCCAAGGUCUGUUCAGCCCCCUGUUCCUGUACAGCCACAACCCAGAAUGUCUUAUCCAGACCCGAGGGUGGGACAGAAUGUUCCUUUCACAGGCCCCGCAGGACCAAGUAGAAUGCACCAACCUUACAGCCAGCAGCCUAGAGGCAGUCAGCCACAGUCAGCAUUUGUUCACCACCAGCACAUUCCAGCCUCUCAUGGGCAGGUUUAUCCAACCUCCAAUGAGCAGAUAUAUCCAAUGUCAUCCACUAAUGGGCAGAUAUAUCCUACAUCUUCCUCCAAUGGGCAGAUAAAUCCAACAUCAUCAUCCAAUGGGCAGGUUUAUCUGGCAUCCAAUGGGCAGAUAUAUCCAACAUCAUCUACCAAUGGGCAGAUAUAUCCAACAUCAUCUACCAAUGGGCAGAUAUAUCCAACAUCAUCUACCAAUGGACAGAUAUAUCCAACAUCAUCCACCAAUGGGCAGAUAUAUCCAGAAUCUGUUCCCUCAUCCAAUGGUCAUGUGUAUUCCAAUGCACCCAAUAUAGGCUUAGUUUCUAAGGAGCAAAUGACAGCUUCACAUUCCAAAGGACAAAUGUUUGCCACCCCUCAAGUAUCCGGUGGGGUAGUUCAAUCAAUGCAGGGAAAGUCUUCACAGUUUACACCAGUAUCUGGUGGACAAAUAACCCAAAAACAGGACCAGAGAAGAUCUACAACAGAAGGUGACAGCAGCAAGUCUAGUGAUGACAGUGGUCUUAGCUUCACCCCAGAGAAAGGGAACAAUGUCAAAUGUGGUGCAUCUCCCCCUGAUGGGCCAAAGGAAUCUAGUAUGCCACAGGCUUUAGGGGGAUCAGAUAUCAACUGGAACCAAGUUCCAAAAGAGGUUUAUCAGCUGCUUCUUCAGCAGGACGCUCAGCUCAAACAGUUACAGACUCAGAUACAAAUGCUCAUGCACAGUCAGAGUGCAUCCACACAGUGUACAACCAUGACAGACUUGCCACCCUCCAUCAACUCAUCGGACACUCGGGACAGUUUAGUAGGUCCUAUGACUGAGGAGAGUAAACAAAAGAACAACAUGUGUUCAGUGGGGGUCAACACUACCAUGCAGUGUCCGCGGAGUAAACAAUCUGUGAUGCUUCAGACCAGCCCCCAAAAGGCUCGACCACAACUACAGCAUCAAGUAUCCUUGCCCCACAGUCAGUCCUCCAGUGAUGGGCCUCAUCCAUACAGCCAGCACACAAGUCACCACUCAAGUGAGGAGUCCCAGUGUAGCAUGGGUGAACGCAGACAGAGAUCAUCAGGGAGUAGCUCAGCUCCUAGUGAGGCCUCGGGAUGUAGUAAUGACCCCCGGACACCUGCAGAAAUCCGACACAGGGGGCUGUUGCCCCUCAACAGUACGGAGCGCGAAGAGGAAGUAGAUGUUUCCCAGGGUGAUCUUUCUCAUGUGAUGGACAAUAUGGCUGUCCACAACCAGACAGUUGAUAGUGUCCAGUCAGAAAUCAUUGUUGACCUUCCCAGCUAUCAAUCCUCUCCUUCCAGAUCCAUAACAUCCAGAGAGACAGAGUCAAAUGAGUUCAGUAAAAGUCCACUGUCGGCCAGCAUGUGUGGAGGGAACGUUGGGGAGGGGGACUCUGAGGAUGAGGAGGAUGUGCAUGAUGACAAGAACACAAAGCAGUACUAUGACAGACUUAUGGAUAACAUCCAUAAGAUGCUGAACCAGCAGAGCGUGGAGGACAUGGACAGUGGUCAUGUUGAGAUGACCAAGGACACACUACAACAGAGCAUCAUGUUAGGUCACCAUCUCAGCAACAUGCAGAGGUAUGAUGUUUCUAGUAACCCUGCCGAUACAACGUACAUCCCAAAGAUUAACUACAUGUCCAUGUUAUUUGACUCGGACUCGGACAGCUCCAUGGAAAUCAAUGCCAUGGCAAUGAAAUACCUCAAUGAUGAGCAGCUCACACAGAUGAGUAAAGCUCAUUCACAAGCUGCUCACUCGAGGGGAGUGACAAAAGGGUUGAGAGAAAAUCAACGACUAGCAAUGCUGAAACAUGUGCUACAAAACGAUAAGGAUUCUACCCCAAAUGUGACUACCAUGGGCAUAUCUCCAAAUGACAUGACAUUUGCUACAAGGAAAUACAUGGAGAAACAUGGCCUCCUGAGUGAGACUAAUAGUGAUAGUAGUGAAAACACUCUGAUGGACGACACAUAUCGGUUAAAACUGGACUAUAGUACAGCUACCUCAGGGUCUGAUACACCCGCUCAGGUCACCCCAGAGGUGCUCCGUCAUAGACCUGUCAAGGGCACACCUCAGAAUAGGACCCCAAACAGUCACAAUGUGUCUGUUAGUCCUUUUGGGCACAAAGAGCAGUUCACAGCUAAAACCAGAAGUCCCCUAAUAAAUGGACACAAUAAAGAUUAUGGAAGUCCUUGUGUGGAAAAACCAAGAAAGAUAGGGACUCCAUAUUCCAACUUUUCACCAGCCACACCUAAAAGUACACGUGGUGUAGAGCAGUUCUCCUCCCCCCAGCCUCCGACACAUGGUGUUCAACAGUUCUCCCCUCAUGUGCACACCCCUGUCAGAACCUGUCGUUUAGAUAGGUCGUCAGAGAAGGGUCAGGAGGAUAAUUGUUUGUUGCAUGGUCAGACAAGUAACAAUGCCACACCCACCCGUCAACAUAUACAUUGUGCUUCAAGUACACGCCCACAGGGCUACGAUGACUAUAGUAGUCCAAUGGGAGACAACCGACGGGUGGUGACUGUGGACAGAGUGCUGAGUCCGAUAGCCAGGGAACCAUCCCCUCCACCCCAACCAAGGGAGGAUGAUGACAACAUACUAGAUAUUACACGUCUCAAGACACUUCCAAAGUUACUAUAAUGUUGAUUGUGUAUAAUCUAACUACCAAAGAUUGGAAGGUGAAGGUGGUGCUGAUAUUAGCCAAAGUGUUUUUUAUCUAGUAAAUUACGGCAGAUAUUUUGUAUCAGUUUUUAGAUAGGCAUUAAUAAAUUAAGCUCCUGUAUAUUUUAUAUUGAUGAUGCAAGGGUAGAAUUAUUCAUUUAUUCAAUACCUGUAAAUCCUGUAGAUUGUGAUGUUGAAAAUAUUGUUCUAAAAGUUGAGAUGUAGAUACUUUGAGAUAGAUUAUUCCAAAUAAAAUUUGUACUUAUAUUCAUGCACAAAACUACCACAACAAUUUGCUACUGUGAUACCCUGUACAUGUUUUGUAAAUAUAUAAACUACAACUUAGUGUUAUGUCCUUGUAUCUAUUCAAAGGCCAUUAUUCAUAAUAUUUCAGGCCAAUGAUACAGCUAAACAAUAGAAUCACUGUGAAUGAUCUGACUUACAGAUUUUAAAGUCAGUGAAAGUUAAGCUCAUCAGUGAAUGAAGUCAUGCUUGUCUGUGAAUGAGAGUCCAUAUUGUCAGUGGAAUGCGAGCCAAGCUUGUCUAUGAAUGAGAGCCCAGAUUGUCAGUGGAAUGAGUCUAGCUUAUCUAUGAAUGCCAAAUUAAGUGGUGGACUAUGUUUUUCACCUUUUUUCUUAUUAUAAAAGUAUAACUAUCAUGAAAGUUGUAUCUAGUGUUGUAUGAUAAUGAGGGUCUGGGGCAUGUGUAUAAAUGUUUGAAAAGCACUUGUUGUGUACAAUGAUGGCACUGUUAAUUGGUGAUGUGUAAAAUGGAUCUGUUUUCAGUCUGUGAUAUUUUGUGUUUCUGAGAUUGUUUAUUAUGCUUGUUAUCAGUCACUAACAUCCCAUACAAUUUUUUUCUUUAUGGCUUUCCACGAUUUUUUAUAGAGUAUCAAAUAAUGUAUAUUGUAAUUAAAGUUUAUAAAAUUCUAGGAAAAUAACUCAUUAGUAUGAACUCUCCACAGAGGUAUUCUGUAAUUUCUUGUAAUUUAUGUUUCAAAAAAAAUAAUACACAAUGUAUAACAUCUUUUACAAUUACCGUAAUUCAGUGUCAGACGGAAUGCCAAGAAAGAUUAUCUGAUUGCCAAAUUCUCUGGUCAGAUUAUUUUGAACAAAAGCUGUCUGUUUUGGUUGACAUUGAAGAUGUAUCGGUGUAAUGGAACAUACGUUAACUAGGUUGGUCCCCUUUAGAAAUAUCCUUUGUGUGUCUUGUAUAUAGGCUUUGAAGAUAAGAAUUCUUCAAUUUUCACUGUUGUAAGGGAAUGAUGUACCGGUUUCUGUACUUGGGCAAGUUUUUGCGUAGAAUAUUUUAUUUAGUUUAACAUCAAAACGGAAAAUAUAUACUGAUGUUACAUUCUCUAUACAACUUUUUAUUUCAAGAUAAAAACAUCAAUUAUUUAUUAAAAACACAAAUACAAAAUCAUGUUUUGUACCUUUGGUAUGCCACAUAGUGCUAACUGUAAACAAGUGUGUUUUAUUUUGAUUGUGUUUGAACUCUGUUAAUGUGUUCUUUUCUCAGGGUUACAUUAGUGCCAGUGUGUCUGGCAUUCUACCAUUACACCCGAUAUAUGUACAACUUUUAAUUAGAGACAAUGUUGAAAGAAAUUUACUUCGCUCAAAAUUGGUUGUUUCUCAAAAUACUCAGAAUUCUAUCCGUCCCACAUUUUUGAUGUAUCUGUAUUAUAAUUUUGUUCAUUUGUUGUCAAUGAUUUACAUGUAUGGCUAAGUGGCAGCAAAAUACAUUGACCAUCAAAAUAUCCUCUAUAAAGUUAUGUUUAUGUUGUCUUUUACAGGUCAUUGCCCUUAUCUAUGAUUUGUACAUCAAAAUCAUGCAUGGUGUAUUAAUUUGAUAGGGAUUUUUUAAAAGAAAAAUACAGUUUCAAGAUAAUAAGAGUGAGAUUAAUGAAAUUUUUAAAGGACAACCUCAUGAAAAAAUUGCACUGUGUGAUUAGUCUUUAAGAGUGAAGUGCAGGGUAUAUCAGGACUAUAGAACUUGCUGUGUACUUAACAGAGUGGUCAGUUAAGAAAUGUAUAAUUCCAUUCCAUUGUUUUAUUUGUCAUUCUUUUACGAAACAUUACAGUACAUGGAACAACUAGGACUCUUAAUUUUUCAUUGCAAACAUCAAUAGUUUUGUGGAUGAAAUCCUCAGAUUUAAGAUCAGUCAGGUAAUUAAAUACAUGCACUGUAUAUGCAUUUAGUGUAGCAGCUAGUCUAGUGAAUUGUAUCUAUGUAUGGUGUAUCUUGUACUAGUUAAAAGUAUAAACAGAACUUCGGUAGGAUAAUUUUCAAUUAAUCAAGAUUAAUUGAGGAACUGUAUCUGCUUUAAUGAAUAUUCUGAAAUGCUUUAUCAGUUAUUAAACUGUGUCACAUUUCAACACGAAUCUGCUACAGAUGGAAGACAGUAAAAAUAAGGUAACAAGGAAUACCUCUAUCUACAAAAUGUUAUGACAUUUGUGUACUUGAAAAUAUUAACGGCAAAUAUGACUAAAACUGUUAACGGUUCAAAAUAUAUAACCAACUUCCAGUAUGUAAUUUAUGGAGUAUGAUGAGGGGUUUUGUUUUGUAUUCCUUGAAAGGAAAUAACUACCGUAGUAGUAUGCAGAAUUAGACAUGAAAUGUAAACAGGUAUCCGAUUGUCUCACAUUUGUCCUGAGAGAUUGAUACAAUAUAUUAGAGGUAGCUAUAUAUAGGAAUAGUUAUGCCCACUCAUUUAAAAGAAAAAUAAUACACUUUUAAGCUUCCAAGCAAAUGUCACUCGAACCUGCAUAAUGAGCAGUAUUUUGUGUAGUGGUGAACCUAUUGCUGUAUAAUUUCAUUCCUAAUGAAAAUUACAUGUACCGGUACAUGUAGUACAUUUUAUCAGUAAACAAAUUAGGUAUGAAAUUAAUUGCUUUGCAAGUUAUGUACUUUUCGUAAAUAUUCUUUGACUAUGUGUAGAUUUCAAAACUAUCUGCAUAAAUCAAAAUAGGUAACUCCAAUAAAUGGAGUGUAAUUUAUUUUUCAUUAAUUGAAGCGUGGUAGGAUUAAAACACCAUCAGGUGUACUUCUACUGUAGAGAAAUGAUUAUUCAGUCAAAUAUCUUUAGUAUCAUUUAAGGGAUUUUAACUAUUAAGAACACACAAAAGUAUUCUCCAAUUAACUGCAGUUAAGUAGCAGAUUUUUUUAUUCUAAAUCUUCUGGCAUAUAAUUAAUAAUGAUGGUAGAAUGUCUAGAUAUUUGUUUUUUUUUUAUCUGUUUUAAUAUUUUUAUGUAUUUGUUUAAUGCUAUUUAUUAAAUUAUGAGUUAUUUUUGUAGAAACUGUAAAGAACAAAAAUACCUUAAAAUAAAUUAUUUUAUAACCUAA